CCCGCUGGCUCCGCUCAAAGUUUGCGGCCGCCCCUGCGCCCGCCCGCCCGAUGUAUGGGUGAUAUACUGCAGCGGGUGUCAGGGUGAGGGACGGCCAUAUUUGCCGGUGCGGCCCGAGCCGUCAACAACAAAAAGUGCGCGGGAGCUCGGCGGGCGCACGGACGGGCGCUCGGACGCCGGGCCCGCCUCGCCGCCGCCCGGCCUCGCCGCCGCCGCCGCCGCCGCCCUCGCGGGCCUGGCCCCGCGGCGCCCCGGCGCGCCCCGCCGCUCGGGGGGAUGUCUUACAAACCGAACUUGGCCGCGCACAUGCCCGCCGCCUCCCUCAACGCCGCUGGGAGCGUGCACCCGCCCUCCACCAGUAUGGCCACAUCCUCACAGUACCGCCAGCUGCUCAGUGACUACGGGCCACCAUCUUUAGGCUACACCCAGGGAACUGGGAACAGCCAGGUACCCCAAAGCAAAUACGCCGAGCUGCUGGCCAUCAUCGAGGAGCUGGGGAAGGAGAUCAGACCCACCUAUGCGGGGAGCAAGAGCGCCAUGGAGAGACUAAAACGAGGCAUCAUUCACGCCAGAGGACUGGUUCGGGAGUGCUUGGCGGAAACGGAACGGAACGCCAGAUCCUAGCUGCCUGUUAGUGCGAAAGGUUUCCAUCUUCCAAGAAGAGAAGUUCUAGCUCAGCUCCCACGUUCACAAGAAACUCUUUGUUUUCAAUAUGGUAACAGUUUGGUUUUUCCUUCCCGUGUCCCUUCCAUGGUUCAUGAGGCUCUAAGAUUGAGAAAUAUUUUGCAGUUGAUUAGGAUUUACAUUUUAAAUAGUUAGGAAUUACCCAAGGUUUUUUUUUCUUUUCUUACUUUUUUUUAAGCAUUGAUUUAGAAGAUGCACGGAAAAGACACCUAUCUCACAGCAAAGAUACCAGUGUCUCCGUUUUAUUCUCCAUUUUGAAUACCGUUAUGUUACCCAGAUUGUUCUUCGUUCCUUUUCAUAAGCUAAUAGAACAACUCCAGGGUUUGUUUCUAGUGCAUACGUUUGCCACAUGGUGUGGAUUCCGCUUAAUGUAACUUCUUUUGUGCUUAAGCAUUUGCCUGCAUGACUAUUAGUGCUUUGAGGUCAAACUUAAAAAUGCACAAGUUAUAAAUACAGAAGAAAGAGCAACCUACCAAACCUAACGAGAACCCCCAAAAAUAUUCCUACUAAGACUGUGUGUGGAUUUCAGUUCUGCCUUUCCUGUAAGUUGAUCCAAACAUCUGGAAGAAAAUGAUUAAACCUGUUUGCAUCUUUGUAUGUAUUUAUUACUUGAUGUAAUAAAGCUUAUUUUCAUUAACAAUUUG